UACAGCUACAGCAUGAGCAGUGGAGGUGGAGGUGGAGGUGCUGGCAUCGGUGCUGGCUUCGGUAGUGCCUUCGGUGCUGCAGCAGGCUAUGGAGGGGGACUUGGAGUAGGAUUCGGGGCUGGUUAUGGAGCUGGUGCAGGUGGCGCUGGUUUCGUGGCACCCCCCAUCACAGCUGUGACUGUGAACCAGAGCCUGUUGGCCCCCCUCAACCUGGAGAUCGACCCCACCAUCCAGACUGUCCGUACCCAGGAAAAGGAACAGAUCAAGACCCUCAACAACCGCUUUGCAUCCUUCAUUGACAAGGUACGUUUCCUGGAGCAGCAGAACAAGAUGCUGGAGACCAAGUGGAGCCUCCUGCAGGAGCAGACCACCACCCGUUCCAACAUCGAUGGCAUGUUUGAGGCCUACAUUGCCAACCUGCGCAGACAGCUUGAUGGCCUUGGCAACGAGAAGAUCAAGCUGGAGGGAGAGCUAAAGAACAUGCAGGGCCUGGUAGAAGACUUCAAGAACAAGUAUGAAGAUGAAAUUAACAAACGUGCUGCGGUAGAGAAUGAGUUUGUCCUGCUCAAGAAGGAUGUUGACGGUGCCUACAUGAGCAAGAUAGAACUGGAGGCCAAGGUUGAUGCUCUGCAGGAUGAGAUCAACUUCCUCAGAACGAUCUAUGAAGCAGAACUGGCUGAGCUCCAGGGACAGAUCAAGGACACCUCCGUAAUUGUGGAGAUGGACAACAGCAGAAACCUUGACAUGGAUGCCAUUGUGGCUGAAGUACGCGCACAGUAUGAGGAAAUUGCCAACCGCAGCCGUGCAGAGGCCGAGACAUGGUACAAGCAGAAGUUUGAGGAAAUGCAGACGUCUGCAGGCAGGUACGGAGAUGACCUUCGCACCACCAAGGCUGAGAUUGCAGAGCUAAACCGCAUGAUCAGUCGACUCCAGAAUGAAAUUGAGUCCGUCAAGGGACAGCGCACCAGCCUAGAGGCUCAGAUUGCUGAGGCUGAGGAACGUGGAGAGCUUGCUGUGAAGGAUGCCAAGCUCCGCAUUAAGGACCUGGAGGAGGCCCUGCAGAGAGCCAAGCAGGACAUGGCUCGCCAGGUCCGCGAGUACCAGGAACUCAUGAACGUCAAACUGGCUUUGGACAUUGAGAUCGCCACAUACAGGAAACUGCUUGAAGGAGAGGAAACCAGACUUGCCUCAGGCGGUGGAACUGCCACUAUUCACAUUCAGGAGAGCUCAAGCAGUGCUGCCGGUGGUGGUGAGUCAGGUGGUGGAUUUGGCUUUGCCGCCGGUGGUGGUGGUGGUGGAUAUGGGUACGGCGGCGGCAGCGGCAUGUCCAUGUCAAUGAGCAGCGGUGGAGGCGGCGGAUUCGGCUUUGGUGGUUCCAGCCUCAGCAUGGGAGGAGGCGGUGGGAGCAUCUCCAUGUCCCGCAGCUCCAUGCAGUCCUCACGCCGUUUCUGAACACCCAGUACCACCUCUGCACCUCCAAGUCUCUGAACCCAUUCCUCUGCUCUUAUCUUUUGGGUUUUUCCC